AUGGCGCAUAAUUCAGAUAGACUACCUUGGGAUGCUCUCGCCUCAAUGCUUGAGCUGCGACGCUCCAACCCUUGCCAGCACGACGCGUACAACCUUCACGCUCUAAUACGGCCAAGCAGUAGAGCAAAGCUUACCAACUUUGUUGAUAUCUUUAUGCAGAGUGUCGCUGAAGAUGCAGUUCAACGGCGGAAGCAAUAUCCAGAGGAGUAUGAAGUCCCUGAUGGGGUCGAAGUCAUCAUUUCAGAUGAAGCGGCAACCAAGAUUGAAUCGACAGUCAGGCGUUGGCAUCCAGAAUCCUAUUGGCCUGAUGGCGACGGCGAAGUUGACCCCGAGACUUUCAAACAGCCAGCGAGUAAAGAGUUGUGUCCUCACACAAAUGAAUCUGAUAGUUGCGGGUGUGUCUUACCGUAUAAAGAACGCAAGAUGUCGGCAUUCCAACGCCCACAAGUUCAGAACGACUGUUUCAAGUUCGAUAUAGAGAACCUGGAGUCAUUCCGAAAUCUCAGAGUCGUCCAGAGUUUGAUUCUUCAUGGAGAAAUGGACCCUGUUCUUCGCUCAUGCGCAUACGAAGAGUGUCAGCUGGCGAGUUGGUGGGAGCAUAGAGAAUGCUACUGCAAGCAGCAAACCUUUGGAUGGAGAAGCAUCUGCGAACACGCGAUCAGGAUGUACAUUAUACUCAAUGUCCUGCACCAAUUCCCCGAAAUAUGGGACAUCGACGGAUCUCGCGUCGGGGAUUAUCGCAACUUGGCAGUAUACCAGCAGGCGGUACGAUCGAGCACGGUUACUGGGGACGGAAACGGGUCCAGGGACGAGAUUGCCAAGUUCUCGCAUCGGGACUUUCUUGGUAUCGAGGAGGAUCAAUUUUCGUGGAUUCCGGAGCCCCAUGAUGUCCCUCGUUGGAAACAUAUUAUGAAAUUUGACGCAAAUGGUUUUGAAAUGUACCAGAAGGGCUUAGACGCCUUUAGUGAACCUUGGUCGAGUGAUAGCGAUGAUUCGGACGAUGAGUCGGACGACGCUUCCAGCAUCAAGUCAGGAAACAAGCCCAGUGCAGACAACGAAGAUGAUUCCAGCGAUGAGACUGAAGAGAAAGACCCAGAAGAGGUUGAGAACAUGUUUUAUGAGCUGGAGUUCAACCCAUUAGGUCUCAUGUCAUACGACGAGUUCCUCAACUUCGAAAAGCUCAUGGACUAUCAGCCUAGCGAAGCAGAUAUAUCCCACGUCAGAUGGAUGCUAUGUCAGAAAGGCCUACCAGUCGAGAUAUCAGAUUGUGUUCUCGAAUUUGCCGACUACGCCCCAAAAGGUAGCCUCCCUGUCCCCGGGCAGCCACUGCAUCCUCAAUGCAGACAGGAACUAGAUCGCUAUCUCGAGCACUGCUGGCAACUGAUAGUCAGAUGCUACAUGUUAGGUCAUGAACUCGAUGGAAAAGAUGGGAUGGAUAUUGAGAGGAUCAUCAGGGCUCAGCCGCACAUCUCUCUGACCGACUGUGUCAAGUACUCAGAGCAGGUGCAGAUACUUGGCAAAGAUACAACUAAGGCACUCGUUCGAUCAGCAUUGGAAAAGCUGGACAUCCCGCCUGCUCUCAAACGUAUGAUGAUGAGAAAGAUUGCAUAUUCUGGCUUUGCCGCUCUUAUCCUGGCAUAUAUGCCUCAUGUGCAGAUCGUCGACUGCACUAUGGGUGACAGGACAUUCAUACUCCCUUGGCUGCUGAGUGCAAGCCCGGAAGCAGGGAGGCCCCUACGCUGGCUUGAAAGAGAUUUUCGGGCUGACUUUUCUGUCGUCAAGAAACCAAAAGAGUAUGACUUUUCCGAUGAAGAAGAUUACGUGAUAGACUACGAGAAAGAAUUCAGCUGGGAAGAAUACCACCAGAAGGGCAGUUCCAAGGGGGCCAUCGAGCGUGCUUGGACUAUCGAGCCUCUGCUUCUUAACUCUAGGCUCAAAAUACUACGAACGCUUGGCACUGCCUGGUAUGGUGAUGCAUUCACUAACUUUGUGUGGCCUGAGCACAAGAACUACAACCUGGAGUAUUUCGACCUCAUGGAAUCAUAUAUCGAUGCCGAGGGACUAAAGACAAUCCUCACUCGCUGUCCGAAACUGAAGGGGAUCUCGAUUAGGUUACCCGACGAGGAAAGGGACACGCCAAUUAUGUAUGAUGACCUGGGCGGGGACGUGGACCAGGAAGACUGUGCCCUCAACUUCAAUGACUUCGGGGAUGUCCUUCGGAAGCAUGGCCAAAAUCUCGAAGGGUUCGACUUCAACACCUUCUUUUUUGAAAGCUACAGCACAUAUAAUCGAGAGCGUGGCCCAGGUGAGGGAACGAUUGGUUCCAUCCGAGAACUCAGAUCCCUCAGACACCUCGGAGCCGGUAAGGAGGCUUUAAUCGGAGAUACUGAGCCGCUCUCACGGCUGAGUGAGGUUCUACCGGAAUCGAUUGAGAUUCUUCAUCUGUAUUGCAGUAAAAUCUGGGAGACACAGGACUGGGUUCAAUCUGAACGCGAGCUGCAAAACCAGGAUGUUUACAGAUUGCUUCUCGACUGCAUGCCUAAUCUCCACGAGAUUCGGGUAGAAAGAUGCAAGACUGGUUUCAAUGGCACUUAUAAUUAUGGAUCAUAUUCAGAUUUAGAUGAUAAUUAUGGAUCAUAUCCAGAUUUAAAUGCUGUGACGGCGGCGUCUACUGCUGCUGCUGAAGAUGCAGAAGAUGAUGCUUCAUGUUUUAGUGGCACUGAUUCGGAUGGUCUUUAUAUAGGACAGUUUGGACCGGAAGAGUUUAUGUACUCGAAGGAAGCGGAGUGGCCACCUGAGCUGCAUGUCGCCGGCUGGACUGUGAACAUCGUCGAGGAAGGCCUAUAUAAUAUACGUGGAAGGUCAGCUUGCCCCUUUCGGGUCGUCACUCUGACAAGAAAGUCGUGA